CAUCUUCCAUGCUAAUUUCACAAUUUAUCCUUCAACCAUUCGCCUAAAAUUGAGAGACCACGCCAUAAUUUCAUUUUCACCCAUUUUAAUUUAUAUGUAUAAUUUUCUGAGAAUUUGAUUGAUUGUUGAUCGAAUAGAAAAACUAAGGAAAGUAAAAAAAAUAAAAAAGGAAAGGAAAGCACAACAGAAAGGAAGGACCCUAAGGGCCAGUAAUCCCAAUUCGAUCGAUCUUUUGCUUAUGAAACCCUGGUACAGUUCCAAUUGUAAUGGCAGAGGAGAAUGGCAUUGGCAGAUCCGAGAUAAACGGUGGAUUUGCUUCGAUGGACUCGAUGGAGUUGCGGUGGGUGUUCCAAGACGACGACGACGAGGAUGAUGAUGAUUCAGUGAUGGACGAUCACAACGGCGACGACAAUAGUAGACAGCUGCACGGCGGUGGAUUAGAAUCUGACGAGGAAGAUGAAGAGGACACAGGGGAGCAACGGCUGUUUCGAACAGGCCCCCUCAUCGACCCCUUCGAUGUGGAAGCCCUGGAGAUCCCGAGCGCCCACCGCAACGAUAAUUACUACGAGGAGUUGGGUGUGGGAAGGAGAAUAAUACUUGCAUUUCAAACACUGGGAGUUGUAUUUGGUGAUGUUGGAACCAGUCCUUUGUAUACUUUUGGUGUUAUGUUUACAAAGGCGCCUAUCAAUGGAGAAGAAGAUGUUGUUGGUGCAUUGUCUUUGGUUUUGUACACUUUAAUCUUGAUUCCACUUCUCAAGUAUGUUCUUGUUGUUCUUUGGGCUAAUGACGACGGCGAAGGUGGUACUUUUGCUUUGUACUCUUUGAUUUGUCGACAUGCUCAGGUCAAUCUUCUCCCGAAUCAGCUUCCUUCCGAUGCUCGUAUAUCUAGCUUCAGGCUUAAGGUGCCCUCCCCAGAACUUGAGAGAUCUUUGAAAAUCAAGGAGAGACUUGAGACUUCGGUUACUCUCAAAAGAUUGCUUCUCAUGUUAGUGCUUGCUGGUACCUCUAUGUUGAUUGCUGAUGGGGUUGUUACUCCUGCUAUGUCAGUAAUGUCAGCUGUUGGUGGUCUGAAGGUUGGAGUAGCUGCAAUUGAGCAAGAGCAUGUGGUGAUGAUUUCAGUUGCCUUUCUUGUAAUUUUGUUCAGUGUACAGAAGUUUGGGACCAGUAAAGUCGGACUUGUUGUAGGCCCUGCUUUAUUCUUGUGGUUUUGUUCUCUGGCAGCCAUUGGGAUUUAUAACCUUGUUAAAUAUGAUAGCAGUGUCUUAAGGGCAUUUAAUCCUGUUCAUAUUUAUUACUUCUUCAAGCGGAACUCAACUAAGGCCUGGCGUGCACUUGGAGGCUGCUUCCUAUGUGCAACAGGAGCUGAGGCAAUGUUUGCAGAUCUGUGCUACUUUUCUGUGAGAUCUGUGCAGCUUACCUUUGUAUUUCUCGUUUUGCCAUGCCUUUUGUUGGGUUAUUUGGGCCAAGCUGCAUACCUUGUGGAACAUCACACUGAAAAUAUGGCUGAGCUAGCUUUCUUUUCUUCGGUUCCAAGUGGUGUUUUCUGGCCUGUCUUCCUCAUUGCUAACUUAGCUGCAUUAAUUGCUAGUCGGACUAUGACUACUGCUACGUUUUCAUGUAUAAAACAAUCAACAGCACUUGGUUGCUUCCCCCGUCUUAAAAUCAUUCAUACCUCUCGGAAAUUCAUGGGUCAGAUUUAUAUUCCUGUCAUAAACUGGUUUUUGCUGGUAGUUUGCUUGGUGUUUGUCUGCUCUAUCUCUAGCAUCACUGAGAUGGGAAAUGCAUAUGGAAUUGCUGAGCUGGGGGUGAUGAUGAUGACAAUGAUUUUAGUUACUAUUGUUAUGCUUCUUAUAUGGCAGAUAAACAUCAUUAUUGUCCUGAGUUUUUUGGUUAUUUUCCUUGGAAUAGAGUUGGCCUUUUUCUCAUCAGUUCUAGGGGGCAUGGGAGAUGGAAGUUGGAUAAUACUGGUUUUUGCUGUAGUUAUGUUUCUUAUAAUGUUAGUCUGGAACUAUGGGAGCAAGCUCAAGUAUGAAACUGAAGUUAAGCAAAAGCUUUCCCUGGAUUCGAUGCGUGAAUUAGGACCCAAUCUUGGAACAAUCAGAGCCCCAGGCAUUGGUUUGCUUUAUAAUGAACUGGUGAAAGGAAUACCUGCAAUUUUUGGCCAUUUUCUUACUACUCUCCCUGCUAUCCAUUCAAUGAUUAUAUUUGUGAGUGUAAAGUAUGUUCCAGUUCCAGUAGUGCCUCAAGGUGAAAGAUUCCUUUUCCGACGAGUCUGCCCAAAAGGCUACCACAUAUUCCGUUGUAUUGCGAGGUAUGGCUACAAGGAUGCUCGGAAAGAGAAUCAGCAGGCAUUUGAACAGCUGUUAAUUGAAAGCCUUGAGAAGUUCAUUCAUCGGGAAGCCCAGGAACGUUUGUUAGAGAGUGAUGGGGAUGAUGAUACAGACUAUGAGGAUGACUCCUCUAGUACAAGAGUCUUCAUCACUCCCAAUGGAAGUGUCUACUCACUUGGUGUGCCCCUACUAGCUGAGUACAUCAACACAAGCAAGCCCAUUUCUGAAGCAAGCACAUCUGAGGCGGCAAAGCCAGGGAUGCCUGGAGACCCUACAGGUUCUGAUGCAGAACAGAGUCUUGAAAGGGAAUUGUCUUUUGUUCGCAAGGCUAAAGAAUCUGGGGUUGUAUAUCUUCUUGGGCAUGGAAACAUUAGGGCAAGGAAGGAUUCCUGGUUUAUCAAGAAGCUGGUCAUAAACUACUUCUAUGCUUUUCUGAGGAAGAACUGUAGAAGAGGGAUUGCGAAUAUGAGUGUACCCCACUCGCAUCUCAUGCAGGUUGGCAUGACUUACAUGGUUUGACAAUUGAUCUUGAUACAAGCUUUAGCCAAGCCUUGGUAAUUUUCAAUACCAUGUAACCGCUGUUGAUUGGAAGUAGAAUAUACUGGUUCACACAUGGUUAGGACAAUUUAUCGACAUGAGAUACAUCCAUGUGCUUACACAUCUUCCUAGCUAUGCCCAGCCAUUAGGACUGCCAGCCCAUGGAACUCUUUAAUUUGGGAAUUUUGUAGUGUUCAUAUUUUAGGUUGUUUUUAAUGCAACUGAUUUUUACUGUAAUGAGAGAUGAAUAUGGGAAUUAACUCGUGUAGUUACCAUUUCAAAGUGAUGUGAAUCUGAUAUGGCGUGAAAAUCCCAUUUCAU